AGAGAGGGAGGGGGGGCGGAGCCGCUCGGACAGGAGUAAAUGACGUCAGCCCCCAGGUCGCCGAGCAGUGAAACAAACAUGGCGACAGAAUGGAGCGGGCAGCAGGGUUACAUUCUCACUGUCAUUAUCUUCCUGUGGAGCGCCGUCGGUGGCCGCACCGAGACGGCGGCGGCGGCGGCGGCUGCGGGGAGCGGGGUCGGCGGCGGCGGGGGCGGCGGCGGCCGGGGCAGCGGCGGCGGGAGCCAGGUGCUCGGCAUGCGGCUGGAGAGGAGCGACAAGCCGUCCAGCACCAAUGACGACGGUGUCAUCCAGGUGACAGAGGAGAGCACCGUGCAGCUCCGGUUUUACGGGGUGCAGCUCCACUCGGGCGCCUGGACUCAGAUCCGCUUCACGGAGCUGGCGGACGGCGGCGGCGGCGGCGGGGAGGAAGCGGAGGAUGAGGAGGAGGCGGCGGCGGCGGUGAGAGGCGGCAGCGGCAUGAUGGAAGCACCGGACAGGACUUGUGUUGACUUCACGAAGGACAUCAGCGUCGGGACCUUCAUGAACGUGAGCAGUCGGGGCACGUCGGGGCUGCUCACGGUGCACAUUAAGCCGCUGCGCAAGAGCGAACUGCGGAAGGAGUACGCGCUGUGCACGCCGAGCGCGGAGGGCGGCGGGUGGCUGCUGCUGGGGGACAGUGAUGGCAGGUUGCUGGUGGUGGAGGAGAAGAAGUCCCUGCUGCCCAUGUGGCUGCAGAUCAUCCUCAUCGGCUUCCUGCUGGUGCUCUCCGGGAUGUUCAGCGGCCUGAACCUGGGGCUGAUGGCGUUGGACCCCAUGGAGCUGCGCAUCGUCCAGAGCUGUGGCACCGACAAGGAGAAGAACGACGCGAGGAAGAUCGAACCCAUCCGGAGCAAAGGGAACUAUCUGCUGUGCUCUCUGCUGCUGGGGAACGUCCUGGUGAACACCACCCUCACCAUACUCCUGGACGACCUCAUCGGCUCGGGUCUGGGCGCCGUGGUGGCCUCCACCAUUGGGAUCGUGAUCUUCGGUGAGAUCGUCCCGCAGGCGCUGUGCUCCCGCCACGGCCUGGCCGUGGGCGCCAACACCAUCAUGGUGACCAAGUUCUUCAUGUUCCUCACCUUCCCGGUGUCCUUCCCCGUCAGCAAGCUGCUGGACGUCCUGCUGGGCCAGGAGAUCGGCACCGUGUACAACCGGGAGAAGCUGGUGGAGAUGCUGAAGGUGACAGAACCCUACAACGACCUGGUCAAAGAGGAGAUGAACAUGAUCCAGGGCGCCCUGGAGCUACGCACCAAAACCGUGGAGGACGUGAUGACGCCGCUGGGCAACUGCUUCAUGAUCCAAGCGGACGCCGUGCUGGACUUCAACACCAUGUCCGAGAUCAUGGAGAGCGGGUACACCAGGAUCCCGGUGUACGACGACGAGAGGUCCAACAUCGUGGACAUCCUCUACGUGAAGGACCUGGCCUUCGUGGACCCGGACGACUGCACCACCCUGAAGACCAUCACCAAGUUCUACAACCACCCGGUCCACUUUGUGUUUCACGACACGAAGCUGGACGCCAUGCUGGAGGAGUUCAAGAAAGGUAAAUCCCACCUGGCCAUCGUCCAGAAGGUGAACAACGAGGGGGAGGGAGAUCCUUUCUACGAGGUGCUGGGAUUGGUCACCUUAGAGGACGUCAUCGAGGAGAUCAUCAAAUCAGAGAUCCUGGACGAGUCUGACCUUUACACUGACAACAGAAACAGGAAAAAGGUUGACUCGAAUAAAAACAAGCCCGACUUCUCAGCCUUCAAGCCCGACGCUGACAGUAAAGUGAAGAUCUCUCCUCAGCUCAUGCUGGCGGCUCAUCGUUUCCUGGCUACAGAGGUGACCCUGUUCAGCCCGUUCCAGAUCACAGAGAAAGUCUUGCUGAGGGUCCUCAGACACCCCGACGUCGUCCAUGAACUCAAGUUCGACGAAAAUGACAAACGCUCGCUGCAGCACUACCUUUACCAGCGGGGCAAACCUGUCGACUACUUCAUCCUCAUUCUGCAGGGCCGAGUGGAGGUGGAAGCUGGAAACGAAAACAUGAAGUUUGAAACCGGCCCGUUCUCCUACUAUGGAGUCAUGGCUCUGAGCUCGCCAUCACUGGCCGUCACCCCUCCUCUCUCCCCAUCAGUGGCGUCCCCCCCUCCACGACGCCUCUCUCUUAAGAGGUUUUCUCUGUUCACUCGUUUCCCAGAGUUUCGUUCCCCGUCACAUGCGGGCAACCUCAACCGCUCGGCGUCCCUGAGCUGCACUGAGCGCGCUCCAGAAAGUGGCUCUGUCGGUGGGAGUGUCACUCAGAUCCCGGGCACACCCUUCCAGUACAUACCAGACUUCUGCGUACGUGCUGUCACAGACCUCCAGUUCGUCAAGAUCACGCGUGCUCAGUACCAGAACGGCCUCCUGGCGUCCAGGCUGGACAGCUCACCGCAGUCUCCAGACGGCAGUCACACUCGCCUGGACACGUCUGUCUCUUUGCCCCCUGUGACGCCACCGGGGACCCGCAACCCACUGCCGCUGGCCACGCCUCCCGUGAGGCGCCAGCUGUCUAACACUCAGCCGCCGCCGCCGAGCAGCCGUACCUCUCUGCCCCCGACCUCCUCUGGCCGCAGACCGAGCCAGUCUUUGCCACAAGCCACCCCCCCUCCGAGCAACCACAACCCGCUCUCCCAAACCUCUCCGUCCUCCAUGAGUGCAGGCGCCUUUAACCCCCACCCACCUCAGACCGCCUCCUCCAAGCCCCAGCAGCCCCCGCCCUCUCCCAGCCCCGAGAACGGGCCAGGAGAGACCACCACUCUGCUCAGUGAGCAGCAGAACUGUGUGGGUCCACGCAAGCCCAGCCACACCCAGGCGCACCCCCACCCUCACGUUCACACCAUCAGUCACGCACACACUGAAAGCACCAUCUAACAGAAAAGGGGGGGGGUUAAACUACCUGUGCACUCACUCACAUAACACACACACUCUCGCACUACUUCUUGUUUGCUCGUUGUCUCGUCCGAGGGAUCAACGGAGAUCCUCCAUGAUCCCUUCCUGCAUGUCCCCCCUCCCCACACUGAGAGCGAUGGAGACUGCACAGAGGAAGAGGAGGGAGCACCAGAGGGUGUACACGGGGGUUGUGUGUGUGUGUGUGUGUGUGUGUGUGUGUGUGUGUGUGUGUGUGUGUGUGUGUGUGUGUGUGUGUGUGUGUGUGUGUGUGUGCUCUUAUAGGAUCGGUUCAUUCACAUUACAUUCACCUCGACUGGUGUCUCGCCUUGCAGAUGGUUUUAGUUUUACAGGUUUGGAGAUUUCUGCCUUCUGCUCAGAGAUUAAUUCACUAAAGCAGCAGAAACAACUUUCUGUCUGUGAAACAGGUUGCAGAGGAACUACUUUAUACCAUAACAGUGCCGUCUGUGGAUUGUCCAGGUUCACUGGGACCCUGUGGGUAGCUUAAACAGUAGUUGUGCGUUUACGACCUGUAAAUAAAGUUCACAUCAACUUUCAGCUUAAUUGGGAAAAGCUCCAAAAUGUCCAACUUGACUCUAACUAAUACAGAAGUGCCUGAAAAUGAAUCAAACAUCAGCCAAAGACCGUAACAUAAAUCCAAAUUGAAAGGAUAGUGUGUUACACUACGACCAUACAGUCAUCGAUCACAAUACGACCACUCGCUAACUGAUUACAAUAAUCUUUAAAUAAGGUAAAAGAACAGUAACAUCUAUGUUACAUGCUACAGUACACAACCAACGCUGUGUGUGCUUGUUUAAAAAAAGGGAAGUCCUGUAUUUAAGCUUGUUGGCUAACUACAGGAUGUAGUAGUGAUAUUUUAAAUGUUCUGAGCACAUAAAACUGAAGCUAUCUGCAAGGUGUUUUUAUUUAUUUAUGUAAUUAAUGUGAAUUAACCCUUUAAGUCAUCACUGGUGAGACAUUAACAGAUCAGUGUCCCCCUCAACCCUCUUACACAGGCUGCUUUAUUUACUUUGCCUCUUACUUUCCAUUUAUUUGUCCCAAAGAAUGAAACUUCCCAAAAAAACUAUAAAGUUUAACAAGUCAAGGUUUUUAUUUUAAUGUGAUUAGUCAGUUUGUUUGUGUUUUUUUGGAGUUGGGGCUUUUUAUUAAGGCAGAGUGGUGACAGAUGAAUGAAUGAAUGAAUGAAUUGAUCUGUCAGUCAAUCAGUUCAAUUACCAGCAAAUGGACCAGAUUCACUGUUCUGAGUGAAAGUUAAACAACCAUACCAGUGAUUUUUUUUAGCCCAUUAAAUACAAAUCGUGGAUAUUUUAGACUAUUUUUGCAAAAAACAUGCAGCAGUUUUCUAUAUUUUUGGACGUAUUUUAGCAACUUAAAGCCAAAUUUCAGUUUUAAUUCCUUUCUGAUUGGCAUAAAAUUCAGUGACACACAAUAAUGAACAUCACGCCAUGUCAAAAUAACAAUAACUGCACAUAUAUGAAUAAAUUAAUGCAGAUUUUAUGUUUACACAACUUAAACAGAUUUAUAUGGAGUCUGGAUUGUACAGUUUCUAUUUCAUGACUUUCAUUUCUUCCUUUAAUUUAAAGCUAAAAACUUACUGGAGCUCUGAUUGGUUAGUGUCCCAAGAGAGACAUCGUUAAAUUAAACACAAAAUGUAAAAAUUAAUUAUGAAAUGAUUGAUUAUGCUAUUCCUUUUUUUAAAACACGGUUAUUAUUAGUUAAUCAUUUCAAGAAUAAGGGAAAAUAACUAUUAAUUGGCUAGUUUCAUUAUCUUUUUAGCCUAUUUGUGCACAGUUUAAAUGCAUAUUUAAUUAAAGGAAUAUCUUUUUUGCAUUCAUGAAUUUAUUAACUGAUAAUAAUUCAACUCUGUAGUAAGUCCACUAAUUGAUUUUCGUGCCCGGCUGCCAGAAAAGUAGAAAAUGUAUGCAUGUGAUGGAAAAUAAUCAGCAUUAAUAUGAACGAUUUGUAUUUAAGAGGCUAAAAUAAAAACACCGGUAUGGUCCUAUAAGUCAAUGUUAGUAGUUAAGGUGGGUGUCUUCCUGACCAAGGCAAUAUGUUUUAAUUUAAUUUCCAAGAGUGAAAUAUUUAUUACAUUAAUUUAUAUAUAUAUUUAUAUAUAUAUAUAUCUGACAAUUUGUUUUAUAUUUUAGAGAUUUUAUUUAUUAUUUGCUCUCUUUGGUUCUUGAGAACGCUGCAGUUUGAGUUGAAGGACACGCUGCAUGCUUCAGAUGACACUAAGUUGCACAGACACUGUUUUAUUGUUUGAUCCUCACUGUGAACGGAGCUCGCUGCGACGCCGGCUCCUCUUCAACACGAAGGAGCUGGAUCUGAAGUUGUGGCAACACUGUGGACUCAUUUCAAAUCUCUUGGUUGGAAGUUACUCUGGGGUUUUAUUUAUUUUUUGUUAUUGUACGUCUUGGUGCAGGAAGUUGGGUUCAUACGUGACAUGAAGACCAAAUAACCCAGAGAAACGAGCAGUUCAGCUUUCAGCAAGUGUGUUCACAGCACAGUUGGCUGUAUUUUUAAUUAAAUAUAAUCCGCUUAAUGAGGGCAUUUCUACAUAUUCUCUGCACAUGACUCCGAUUAGUCUGGUGAUUUAAAAAAAAACAGACCAAACUCUUUCUGUCGGGGGUUCUGGGCUGUUUUGGUUCUGAGCCGGAGUUUAGAAAUACCAUAAAAAUAAAAGUUGACCGAUACCAAUCUUAUAUAAUGGAGCAAUUUCGGGAAGUUAGCUUAUCCACUUUUUGCUGAGAGUUAGACGAGAAGAUUAAUACUUUUCGUGUUUUGUUAAAUAUGAAGCUAGAGCUACCAGCCAGUUAGCUUAGCUUAGCAUAAAGACUGGAAACGGAGGGAAACAGCUAGCCUGUCUCUGUCUGUGCGCCUCUAAAUCUCACUUAUUAGCACGUAUCUUGUUUAAACUGUACACAAAGAGAAAUGUAAUUCAGGGUGCAUGAGGCCACGUCGUCGUCAGAAAUUGUAGCUUUAUAAGGUCUUUAUGUGUCCGUUCGUGCUGGUAUGUUGAUAUUUAAAACUUUGAACAGAGUUAGCUGGCUUCAUAUUUAACGUGCAGAUAUGAUAUCGCGGUGUCAGAUUUAACUCUCUGCAAGAAAACCAACCAAAAACAAACAAACAGAUUCUUUAGAUAAAGUCUAAAACGACUAAAAAUGUGUUUAAAGUCUUUUGAAUGUGAACUCCUCCGAGACCAAAGCAUUAAAUAAAACACCACAAAUUGUUGUUUUCACAUGUUUUUUAGCAUUUUUGUUAGUUUUGUUAUCUCUACCUUUGGACAGCUUUAGGCUAUACUCUGUUAAUUCAUGAGCUUAGAGGUAGAGGCUAGCUGUUUCCCCCUGUUUCCAGUCUUUGUGCUAAGCUAAGCUACCUUAAAAGAAUAUGUUUGGCAAAUUCACAUUCUUAAACAAGAGUUGGACGAAAGGAUUGAUGCCACUCGGUUAAAUAUAGAGCUAUAGCUCCAAAACCAUUAGCUGAAAAUGAGGAGAAAGCUUUGUCCAAACUUUAAAAGUAUGCAUACAAGUACAAAGUGAAGUUGGCGUAUAACCUCCCGUAAAAACACCACAACUUAAUCUAAAACUAAUCUCCUACCUGUGAGAGUGGAAUUAAUCUUCUCAGCAAAGAAAACGUAUUUCCCCCCCAAAAAAAUGUCGAGCUGUUUUCUUUAACCUGUAGCUGUUUGUUAACCUUUGAGCUGGCAGCAAGACCCCGGGGGUUAAAGUCCGACACUUGAAUACUGAAAACACUCACAGCACAAUAACUUAUGAGAUUUAAUGGACAACAAACAUUCCACUGCAUGUCUUCACCCUGUUAACUGUCCAACCCCAGGCCUGAACGUGGUUUCCUCUGCCUGGGUUCCUCACUAUAUGUACGUAUUGUGUGUAAAUGUCCAAGAGUCCAGAGUUUGGUUGCGUUCCCGCGGACUGACGACGCAGCGAUAAAGAGAUUAAAGACGAUUGUAGCGGCUCCCUCCUCGCUGCUGGCAUGUAAUCUACCUGUUCCCCCCCUCCUGUGUAUGCAGUGAAACAUUUUACUGUAAAGACGAAUUAUUUUGUCGACGAUAUAGUGAUUUAUUUGAAAAGAUAAAAAAAAAAAGAACUGUCGUAUAAGCUAGCACUGAUUUGAAAACACUUUUAAGCUUGUGAGAUACGUAGCGUUUAAAAUAUAUAUAUAUAUAUAUUCCAAAGCAUUUUCUCCUUUUUGUGGAACGAUUUCCGAAGUGAGAUCAAAAGCUGGAUUAACAAGCAGGUUCUCUUGCGUGUACAGCUGGUUUGUGGUAAAUUUGUUUUAUUUAAAAACUAAAGAGGGCAUAUGCACCACUAAAGCCCAACUGUUCGGGGUACCUUGAGGUCUUGAGGUGUCAAAAUCUUUCCUUUUUUUUUUUUUUUUUAAAGACCUCCAUUGUUUUCAGUUGUGUGCGUACUUGUUGCAUGUUGCUACAUUUAUUUGUGCUUUACCAAAUUACCACACAGCAAACCGGGAGGCCUGAGGCAAUAUUCCAGCAUAGGAAUACCACACACAAUGCACAGAGAGUGGGAGGGAUGUGGCGGGUUAAUGUGGGGGGCGGUGGGGGCCCCAGCAGCUCAUAUUUUUUACCCUGUGGGAGAGGUAGCCCCCUCUAAAAGGUAAAUCCGGCCAUGGAGACGAUCGGCACUGUGUAAAAACUCAGAUGAAGGAGCAACCUGCAGAUAUAUAGCGGAUAUAGCCUUACUCUCUAUUUGAAGGAAGUUUAGACCUGCCUGCUGGUUCAUAUAGGUCUCGUGUAGCAAUUGGUCUUAUACUGGUUCUCCAGUGGAGCCACUGGUUGGCUGUGUGACUACCAGUUUGUGUACUGAGAAAUGUGAAAACAAAUGUUCUACUUAUUAAUGUUGUAUUUAUUGUAAACAUUGUAUUUAUUGUUGGGGUUUGUUUGUUUUUUUGUUAUAGGCGUGCACCUGAAGGUGUGGUUCUGUGAAACGGGCUUCCAGCUUUUAUUGGGUCAAUUCACCCAGAAACACUGUGUUCAGCUCCCUGAUUGCUGUUUGAGUUAUAUUACUGUAAAUACUCUGUACAUGAAGACACAAAGGGGCGUUUAUGUGAUGAAAAGAGAUGAAAAUGGCUCUAUUUAUAACGAGAGAUAUGUUUUAUGUUCCAUUGUUUUUGCUAGGAACGCAUUAAAUAGCAAUAAACAUUGCACAGAGUUGACCUCAAAUAAUAAUUCCUCCCAUCUUCUGUAGCUUCUGUUUUUAUUUCAUUAGAUAACCAAAAGCUUUAUUUCUCAGCCAAAAUCCUCGUCUAUCUUUCUCUUUCCCAUCCUCCCCCGUUCCUGUCAUCCUUUGCCAUCCUGUAUCUUCCCCCCUUUUUUCUCUCCGCUCCUCCCACGCUUCCGUCUUCCUUUUCCCCUCAUCUAUUUUUCACCCUGCCCUUAUCUCGAACUCCUCUCCCACCGCUCACAAGUAUUGAAAUUCCUCCGGCUGCCUUUGACUGCCGGUUCCCAAACUAAGCCUAUUUUAUUGUUCAGACCUUUUCUUUUCUUUUUUCUACCAUGGGACUGGAAGCAGAGGAGGAGGCGGUGGAGGGGAGGGGAGGGGGGAGCCAGGGCUUAUCAGCAACUCCUGCGGUGUUGUUUUUAGCCCUGCGGCGGUGUGAUGAUUAGACCUGUACGAAGGUUAAAUAUUUUCUGGUGCAGGGCUCUCGUUGGCCGGGGAGGUUUCCACACUGUAUCAUUCACAAGUCAGAUUGUUUGAAUUGUUUUGGAUGUGGAUGCGAUGCAGAAACAAACAGGAGAGGGAAGAGUAAAGCCCCGCAACAUGUUUUUACAUCUACUAUCAUCAUUCUCAGAUGUAUUUAAGGUUAGAAUUGAUUGCGUACAAAGAGAUCAGGAGGUAAUUAUCGAGUUUUUACGAUCAUUUAAGGACCUGGAAUACAAAAUAAAUUACUUUUCAUGAACUUGAGAUAAAGUUCUUUUCCCCAGGGCUCGUUCAGUAGAGGUGUAAAUCCUGUUUGUCAGGUUUUAACAUUCAGAUUCAGACGGCUUGUGACUCUGUUUGACUUUGUUGUGAGUUAUUUAUUUUCUUUCUUUUAUUGAAAUGGUUGAAGACAGAUGGAGGAGCACUUCCAAUAAUGGAUUUAAAGCAAUGUGUACAUACUGUUUUGUAACUACUGUAAGGCAUUUGAAGAAAUCUACGAGGUUAAUAAACCUGAGAUAUAUUUCUCUACAGAAAA